UUGCCUCAUGCAAGAGAACUCAAGUCUACAGUCAAUCCCUUUGCUCUAGUGAGUGACUCAACAACUCUGUACAAUAAACCAGUCAGAUAAAGUUGCUCUUUAUUGAGAGUUUGGAGAGGAUCUGCUCAGUCUUGGCCAACAAUGGAGGCAAUAACUGCUGUUCUGGGCUUGGAAUGGAUCGACAGCAGGAGCAUUUUGAUAUUUCUGUUUGUCUUUCUGUUGCUGAGUGAUUAUUUAGUCAACAGACGACCAAAAAACUUUCCUCCUGGGCCCCAUUCUCUUCCUUUCAUUGGAGAUCUUCAUCGCAUCAACCCUUCCAGGCUUCACCUGCAGCUCACAGAGUUUGCAGAAAAAUAUGGAAAUGUUUUCAGCCUUCAUCUCUUUGGUGAGAGAGCAGUGAUCCUGAAUGGACACAAGCAGGUGAAAGAGGCCUUGAUCCAAAAAGGAGACGACUUUGUGGAUCGUCCCACCAUCCCACUGUUUGAGCAGUUUUAUUCAAACAAAGGCAUUGUGGUGUCAAAUGGUUAUCCAUGGAAGCAACAGAGGAGAUUUGCUCUUCAUACACUAAGAAACUUUGGUUUAGGCAAAAAGACAAUGGAGAAAUAUAUCCAGGAGGAGUGCCACUAUCUCUCAGAAGCUUUUGCAGAGCUCAAGGGUAAGCCCUUCAAUGCCCAAGCACUGAUAAACAACGCAGUGUCCAAUAUAAUUUGUUGUCUGGUUUUUGGGGAACGAUAUGAGUAUUCUGACAAGGAGUACCAGCAGAUUCUGAAGGACAUUAAUGACGUCAUGAUCCUGCAGGGAGGUUUUUCAGCUCAGCUCUUCAACUCGUUUCCUUGGCUGAUGAAGAAACUUCCUGGACCUCAUCAGGAAAUAUUAUCUCUGCUGUCGAAGUUGAUUGACUAUGCAAAAGUUAAGAUUGCAGAGCACAAAGAAAAUCUUGACCCCUCCUCUCCAAAAGACUACAUCGACUCGUUUCUCAUUGAGAUGGGACAGAAUGAAGGCCAAGACUCUAGCUUUGAUAUUAGCAAUUUGUGCAUGUGCACCCUGGACCUUUUUAUUGCUGGAACUGAAACUACCACCACUACUUUACACUGGGGGCUGCUCUACAUGAUCUACUAUCCUGAUAUUCAGGAGAAGGUCCAGGCUGAGAUCGACGCUGUGAUUGGUUCAUCCAGACAACCGUCUAUGGCUGAUAAAGAAAACAUGCCCUACACUGAAGCAGUCAUCCAUGAGAUCCAGAGAAUGGGAAACAUCCUCCCUCUCGGUGUCCUCCGUAUGGCAAGCAAGGACACCACUCUUGACAAAUACACAAUCCCUAAGGGUACAAUGAUAAUCCCUACUCUGAAUUCUGUCCUCCAUGAUGAGUCCAUGUGGGAGACUCCACACUCUUUCAAUCCUAAACACUUCCUGGACAAGGAUGGGAAGUUUAGAAAGAGAGAGGCCUUCAGUCCUUUUGGUGGAGGUAAACGUGUGUGUCUCGGGGAACAGCUGGCCAGGAUGGAGUUGUUUCUGUUUUUCGCCUCCCUCCUUCAGAGGUUUUCGUUUUCGGCGCCUGCAGGAGAACAACCCAGUCUAGAGAACAGGAUGGGAGCCACUCGCUGUCCCAAUCCUUACCGCCUCUGUGCUGUCCCACGAUAAACCUUCUAGCAUCCCUAACUGAUACCUCCACUCAUUGUUUGACUGUUUUAGGCUUUUGGUUGAAUAUGUUUUUAGUACAAUCUUUGGUUACUAAAGUAAAAGAAUAAACCAGAAAUUCUUUAAUAAAAAUUUUCUGACUGCA